CUUUUAAUUUUAAUUAAAACAUUUAUUAAAAAUAAUAAAUUCCCUGAAUCUAGACUCUUUUUCUCCAAUAACAACCAGACUGUAUUAAUUAGUGAGGGAAAAGGUUCACUGUCCCGUCCACGAAAGCCCUGUUUUCUGUUUCCUGACUUGACUGUUUUUAAACUGACUUUCAUUGUAGAAGCCCGUGAUCAGAGCGCGCAUGAGCAGUGGACGCGAACACCUGAAACUAAGACCUGCCGCUAUCAGUGGCGCACGGAUGUUGCCCCUCUGAUCUGACCGACGCAAUCCCCGGAUUAGCUCUUAACCCGACGGAUUUGUCGCACAGACGCACCUGAUUCACUCGUCAGAGCUGACACGCUGCUCAUUCAUCAUUGAUCAUCUUCAGGGAGGUUUUUCUGGAAAAUGAUCGUUUUUUGAAGGAAGUAAUCAAUAGUUGUGCUCGUGGAGAACUGCAUUACGCGCACCUUUGGAUGCGUUUUGUCCAGCUGAGCGCAUCGAAGCCAUGGGGAUUUUACGCAGAAUUCCAACAUCCUGGCGUGUUUGGAGAAAUGUUUCCCGGAAUUCAAUUUUUUCACCAAUUCCCCGAGGUCCAAUCAUGAGUGACAUUCAGGCUUCCGGUGGAGACCUCGCCUUUAAUCCCUCGCUGAUCACGGCGCUCAGAUGGAUUGCGUCCUGUCCGUCAGCCGGGUCACAUCAGGGACUCGUCGGCUGAAUUUCACCGCCAUGCUGAGCUAGAAUCAUUUGGGCAUCGUAAGCGACCUCCUCCGUCUGUGCCAACAUGAGAAGAGCUGUGCUCAAAGAAGCCGCCAAGAGGUUCCCCUGGCUGGCCAACGUCACCUUGUACGGCUGCCUGUUCGCCGGCGGGGACCUCGCCCACCAGCUCAUCGCUCAGAGGGAGCACAUAGACUGGAAACAUACGCGUAACGUCGCCAUAGUAGCGAUCAGUUUCCAGGGGAACUUUAAUUAUUUCUGGCUGCGCGCGCUAGAGAGACGCUUUCCCGGGAAGUCCGCAGGGAUGGUUUUCCGCAAACUUCUGCUGGACCAAAGCUUUGCAUCGCCUUUGGCCACCAGUGUCUUCUACACAGGGGUGAGCUUUUUGGAGGGGAAGGAGGACAUGUUUGAGGACUGGAGGGAGAAGUUCUUCAACACCUGGCGGACUGGACUCAUGUACUGGCCCUUCAUGCAGUUCCUGAACUUCGCCCUGAUGCCGCUCCACCUGCGGACGGCCUUCAUGGGCUGCUGCGCCUUCCUCUGGGCCGCCUUCCUGUGCUUCUCCAGGCAGAACGGCGACGGCACCGCCACCGUGGCGCUGGCCUUCAUCAUGGACCCCAGGAAAACUCUGGAGGAGAUGCGGGAGGCUCGGCUGGCUCGGAAGAGGAAGCAGAUCCAGAGGGAGAACUGAUGGGAGGAAGAGGAGGAAGACGCGGCUUCUGCUGCUCCUUCGGCUCUUGAGAAGAAGGAAGCGAACCAGCAUCUCUGAGCUGAAAGACUAAAGACUCGGUGAAGGCUUUCUCUGUCUGUCACACGCACAAAACCGAGCCCAGAUCCCGACAUGAGCAGGAAAACCUCUCAGGUGAGUGACUCAGUAACUUGACUAAAGACAGAAGUCAGCUGAACGAAUCUAAAAAGCUGUGAGAAAGAUCUCGAAAAAGAAAACGUCCUUUUGACCGUCAGCCGGUCUGAGAAGCCUGAAAUGACGAAAAAGGGUUUGAAUGACGCAGAAAACGAAUAAUUUUUGUUUUUUUCCAUGGAAUUGGUGUUCAGUCGGUUCCUCCUACAGUUUCUGCAGAACUCUGACAGGAUUUUGGAAGGUUGAUGAUGAAGCGUUUGAACAUUAGGUCCAGCUCUGCCUGGAGGUCCCAGAGCUCAGCUUCUCCUGCUACGUCUUUAAUCAAGACAUUUAAAUAGAUAAAAAACAGAGUCCACGCGUCUGAUGAAAGGACAGGCGUGCAAAGAUGGAACAUGAAAUUAGAAACCUGAGCGGGCUCUGACUGUCGUCUGCUGCAGGUCAAAAACCCGAAAUGACAGAGGACGCACUGAGGGCUCUCAGCUUUCCCAAAAGGCUCGGAGGCUCUAGAGGCUCAGUAAUCCGUGUUACACCCGCCGUGCCUUUUCUCAGCCAGAAGGAUUCUGCAGAACAGGUUUCUGGUUUGUGUGAAGCUCAGUUUGGACCUGAGACUGAAAGAACUUUCUCCUGAAGAGGAUCUGAGGAUGGAAAAGCUGUGGAGGUCUCACAUCAUAAGGUUGAGAUUUCUCUGAAAAAAAUCUCUUUCUUUUAUCGUACAAACUUGCUACGUAUGUUUAUCUCAUUUCUGACGGGACGCAGUGACAGAUGACCACGUCAUUUAGCUCUGCACCUCAUCAUCAUCAUCAUGAAGUGUUUUUUGUUAGAAAUGAGAGAAAACUCCCAGAUGAGACUGAAGGAAGCAGCAGGGAGCUGCAGUCACACAGGUGGAAGCGCUGAGUUUUGGUUCCUGUGGUUGAUAAACCUCCAUCAGUGUCAUUGUAGUGAACUACCUCACCUCCCCCCGCUGUCCCACACGGAUCAGGGACCUCUCAGAGCUCCUCCUCUGUCAUCGCCCUGCUUCCUGAAAGGGUCGUUUCCCAGAACAUCCUAAUCCCGUCCUCCUACUUGAACCCGAGACCUUACGGUUGCGUAACUCAUUUCUCACCUGAGACCUGCGCUGCUCUGUGGGCCUUUGGGCAGCAGACAGGUCGGUGCUUCGGGACUCUGCAGAGCAGCAGGAGGCCUUUGGGCGUGAGAGGAUAAACGUUAGCUGGACAUCGGUCCAGCAGAGCGGUCUUGCAGCUCUGUCCCGCUCCGCUCCGUGAAGUGGAUUAUGACACGGCCACGCUAGAAUGGGAUUUAAAGAGGAAACUGUGUCACGGUAAGCUACAGAGGUGCUGAACCUGAUCCACCUGCAGAGUGGGAGUAAUGAUAAACGGAGUAGGGGAACGCGUGUGGAAAACCCAGCUGAUCACCGUUAGUUACCGGCUCCGAUUUCCAACUGUCCAACCGGAAGAUGAUGACAAACAAAAAACUGGAGGAAACAUUGAAGUUUUUUUUUUUUUACGUGAAAUCACACAAAUGUCUUUAAAGUUCGGUCGAAGAGGUUAAAACACUGAGAGGUGGGACGUGACGGUUCAGGCAGGGAACUUCAGAAGACUUUUGUGUUUCGUGUUGGAGUCUGAAAGUUCGCAGAGCUCUUUGUUAAUUUUACUGAUCAAAGAUUUCCAGGACUGAUGAAGACUCUGGAUGAAGCUGCUCAAAUCUCAAAACCUUUUUCAUUGGUGGAUCUAAAGAAAAACAAAAGAUCCAGGAUGGAGCCGCAGGAUCUGCUUUUACUUUGUAACUGACUGAGAAGUUAUGAAAAGUGUUGGUUUGUUUCAGAGGCUUUGAAGUUUUUAUUCUUGACAAAAUAAAGAGCCAUCUGAUAUUUCUUUCCUCUUUCCGAUGAUCCUUUCUCCUUCAUGAAAUCAUUCUUGAAGGUAUUUUCUGUCUGUCAGAUCUCUGAACGGAUUCUAUUUAUGACUGUCAAAAUAAAAGAAUUUACUGUCAUAAAUCUUCUGUCCAUUUUCUAAACCGGAUGCUGGAGCCUAUCCGAUGCUGGACAGUUCUCCAGACCGUCACAAAAAGUAACACAACAGCACAUACUUAAGGUGCACACACACCGGCUGUGUACACUUUCACUGAAAAGUCGAUAUGGAAACUUGCGUAGACCAGAAUCUUUUGCGUCCAGAACUCUCAUGAUAGCGUGUUGCUUCAUGUUUUUAAGUCUGAUAAAGGCUCUACAUACAAACAGCCGUUCAUUGCUGCACCUGCCUUCGCAGCAGGUUUGUACUUGUGUGUUACACAUGUGUGUUACACUUGUGUGUUACACCUGUGCAUUACACCUGUGCAUUACACAUGUGCGUUACACAUGUGCGUUACACAUGUGUGUUA